AUGUUGGCUCUGUACCGGUUGGUAGCCCACAUUCCCAUACCAGGUUUGGAUUCCGUCGCCCUCGAAAACCUGUUUAACAAUAACCAGCUGUUGGGAUUCCUGGAUUUGUUCUCCGGUGGCGCCCUGCGUCGAAUGAGCAUAGUGGCGCUGGGUGUAUUCCCCUACAUCACUGCCUCCAUCAUUAUGCAGUUGCUCACGCCGGUCAUCCCAACGUUGCAGAACCUGUCUCGAGAAGGUGAAGCCGGCCGAAUCAAGAUGAACCGCAUCACCCAUUGGGGUACGGUUCCCAUUGCUAUCGCGCAGGCAUUCGCACAGCUGGUGCUGUUGCAACAGGCCAACGUACUCACCAACGUGGGAUUUUCGGGUGAUGCCCUCAUGCCGACCAUUGCGGCCAUCCUGUCGAUGACCGCCGGUACAAUGUUCCUGGUCUGGCUUGGGGAACUCAUCACCGAGCGCGGCAUCGGGAACGGUAUAUCGCUGAUUAUCUUCGCUGGCAUCGUGGUCGGUUUCCCGGGUCUGCUUGCCCGAGGGUUCCUGGACCGCGACAAUAUCCUCGGCGUGUUCUUUUUCGCCCUUAUCGGGCUGCUGAUCGUAGCCAUGAUCGUGGUUUUCAAUGAGGCGCACCGCCGCAUUCCCGUACAGUAUGGUCGCAGCAUCUUCAGGGGCGGGCAAAUGUACCGCCAAUCCGGAUCGUCAUACAUACCGCUGCGUAUCAACUCUGCCGGUAUGAUCCCCCUCAUAUUCGCUUUUUCCAUCGUUAUCCUGCCCGGCACAGUCGCCCAAUACCUGAGCUCGGCUGGCGGGUUCCUCGGCAAUCUCGCCGGCAACCUCAACGCGGCCCUGAGUCCCGGUGGCCCGAUUUACUGGAUUCUGGCCUUUUUCCUCGUGGUUGGUUUUACCUUCUUUUACACUCUGGUGGUUUUCCAGCAGCAAAAUAUCGCAGAAAAUUUGCAACGUAACGGUGGUUUCGUGCUGGGCAUUAGACCGGGUCGCCCCACUCAGGAUUAUCUGAAUCGGGUGAUCAUUCGCCUUACCAUGGGCGGCGCGCUGUUCCUGGGAUUCAUCGCGAUUGUGCCCUACCUCGCAUCGCUGGUAACCAACGUCGAAGCUAUUGCACUCAGCAGCACCAGCCUGCUGAUCAUGGUAGGCGUGGGUCUGGACACUCUGCGUCAACUGGAAGCGCAAUUGAUGAUGCGUAACUACGAGGGAUUCCUGAGAUGA